UUUUGAUUUUCGGCGUGUUGGCGAGGUUGAAGGACCACCCCUGUGAGCGUCGAUUGGCCUUUUCAUGACCAGACCUGACUGGGUGAGUCUGUUCGACCUGGAGGCGGACACACUUCCCAUGGAUCCCAACAUCCAGGGCUCCUUCUUGUUCAACAACAGCCUGAACCAGUUCCCCUCGGACUUAAAGGCGCCCAUGUGCCAGUACUCCGUGCCCAACUCCUUCUACAAGCUCAACCAGGGUCUGAACAGCCAGUUUGCGGCAGGCACGCCUCACGGCAUCAGCGAUAUCCUCAGCCGCUCCAUGGUUGGCAUGGGGGCAUCGGGCACCUCCCUGCUGUCCGGGUACUCCGCCAUGGGGGGCUUCAGCCACCCGGUGGCUGCCACCCCGGGAGUCUACUACAACCGGGACUGCAACCCUGCCGCGGGGGGUUUCUCCAAGCCUGGCGCCGAGUGCCCCAUGAAGGGGCGCCCGGGCAGCUGCUGGGGGGAAGGGGCCUACGAGUGGAGAGCGGGAAGGCAGCAGUGCGCUAACAACAGUGGUCACCUUGGCGACAUGUCUGGCAGAAAGAAACACACCCGGCCGACGUUCAGCGGACACCAGAUCUUUGCUCUGGAGAAAACCUUUGAGCAGACCAAGUACCUGGCGGGCCCUGAGCGAGCCAGGCUAGCCUACUCCCUGGGCAUGACAGAGUCCCAAGUCAAGGUGUGGUUCCAGAACCGCCGCACCAAGUGGAGGAAGAAGAGUGCUUCGGAGCCCAGCUCCACCCAGGUGGCCCACGGCGAGCAGGGCGGAGAGGUGUCGGAGAACGAGGUGGAGGACGAGGAGUAUAACAAGCCUCUGGACCCCGACUCUGACGACGAGAAGAUCCGACUGCUGCUGAGAAAGCACCGCCGGGCAUUCUCUGUCCUCCGCCUCGGACCGCACGUCUGACACACUCACACACUCGCUCACUUUCACACACACCCGCACACAUGCAGAUUUCUCUCUCUCUCUGUCACACACACACGUAUAAUUUUAAAGCAGAUAUGCAUGCUGUUGCAACGAUUUAAUUAGGAUGAAGAAUUUAUUGAAAUACACACACAUUUGAGCAUGUUGCCAAGAACAACCCUUUGAUGUGCGUUACUAAUAAUAAACAAAUGCAAUCUACGGUCAUUGAUAAAACCAAUGUUUACUUUUUGUACUAAAUUUAAUAUCUGGAAGCCGUAGUAAAUUAACCAGGUAAAGUGUUGAAUCAUAUGGCAAUUGUAUCUGUUUGUUUCUCAACAACAGACGUUAGUUUCAAUUUUAUUUGCCAUUUGUAAGUACAAGUAGAGGUACAUUUAAAUACUUCAUCCUGCUCCUCAACUGUUUCCUAUCAUUCAACUGUUGCUAAUCUUUCAAAACACUCAUAUUUGAAUGAAUUUAGUGGCUUAAAGUUACAGUAAACAUCGUUUUUUGUUUUGUUUUUUCUUUUACUUGCAUUUUGCUACAGUAUUUGAUGUUAUGCUGCGCUGUUAAUUCAGGUUUAGGGGCAUGUGCAUUUCAAACUGUGUAGCUGAGAUUUCAUUUUGGCCUUCAUGCAGACUAGACCACAGGUCAGCAAGCUUUCAGCAUACUGUAUAAACCUCAGAGCUAUUAACUCAAGGAAUCUACAGACAUUGUAAAUGAGUUAUGAUGUUGAUAUUGUACAAUAAAUUGUGGAUUAUUUAUUGAA